UUGAGGGAUGGAAUAAUAGACUACAUCGGGAAACUACUACAUGUAGUUACUACAUUUAUAGUAGUUGUCCAAGGAUCCUACUUUCAUCUAAAACAUCUUUUCCUAUCACUGUAGCCCCCACUCUCUCUCUCUCUCUACAUUUUCUAACACCAACUCAAAAAUGGCGGAACUUCAACUUUUGCUCUUGCUCCUGCUAACUUUGCAUUCUUCUCUGCUACUUAUACCCUCUUCUCAAGCUGAAAUCUUUUUUGAAGAGAGAUUUGAUCAUGGAUGGAGAGAUCGUUGGGUUGUAUCAGAUUGGAAAAGGAGUGAAGGAAAGGCUGGUACUUUUAAGCAUACAGCUGGUAAAUGGUCUGGAGAUCCUGAUGAUAAAGGUAUCCAGACUUAUAAUGAUGCAAAACAUUUUGCUAUAUCGGCAAAAAUUCCUGAGUUCAGUAACAAGAAUAGAACUCUUGUUGUCCAAUACUCGGUGAAAUUUGAACAGGAUAUUGAGUGUGGGGGAGGCUACAUGAAGCUUCUUUCUGGUUAUGUGAAUCAAAAGAAAUUUGGUGGAGAUACACCAUACAGCUUGAUGUUUGGACCAGAUCUUUGUGGCACCCAGACCAAAAAGCUUCACCUUAUAGUCUCCUAUCAGGGGCAAAAUUAUCCCGUCAGGAAGGAUCUGCAAUGUGAAACUGACAAACUAACACAUUUUUACACCUUCAUCAUUCGACCAGAUGCAACAUACAGUCUUUUGGUCGAUAAUCGUGAAAGAGAUUCAGGAAGCUUGUAUACUGACUGGGAUAUUCUUCCUCCAAGAAAGAUAAAGGACACUAAAGCCAAAAAGCCUGCAAAUUGGGAUGAUAGAGAAUAUAUUGAUGAUCCUAAUAGUGUUAAACCAGAGGGGUAUGACUCAAUUCCUGCCGAGAUACCUGAUCCUAAAGCCAAAAAGCCUGAUAACUGGGAUGAAGAUGAUGACGGAAUAUGGCGAUCCCCAAAGAUCCCAAAUCCUGCUUACAAAGGACCGUGGAAGGCUAAGAAAAUCAAGAACCCAAACUACAAAGGAAAAUGGAGGACUCCAUGGAUUGACAAUCCAGAGUUUGAAGAUGAUCCUGAUCUCUAUGUGUUAAGGCCUAUAAAAUAUGUUGGUAUUGAAGUUUGGCAGGUGAAGGCUGGUUCAGUUUUUGACAACAUCUUAAUCUGUGAUGAUCCACAAUAUGCAAAACAAAUUGUGGAGGACUAUUUUGUCAAUAAUAGAGAGGCUGAAAAGGAGGCUUUUGAGGAAGCAGAGAAAGAGAGAAAGGCUAAGGAAGAAGAGGAAGCUCGAAGAGCAAGGGAAGAAGGUGAAAGGAGGAGAAGAGAGAGAGACCUACACCGGGGAGACAGAAGGCGACGUAAAAGGCAUGACCCGCGUGAUUACUUGGAUGACUAUCAUGAUGAACUAUGAAAAGUUGGGUGUGGCAGUUUCCAACAUUAGAGAUCUUCUGCAACAACAGAAGUUGCUUACAAUGCUGAAGUCUUACAAGUUGGUGCUCAGGCAAUAUGACCUCAUUCUGUAACAUUUGAACGAUACCUUUGGUUAUUGUUGUGGUCUUGAGGGGCUCCAUAUGAAAUAUGAACACAUCUACAUAUUGGAGCAGAUUGUACUCUACUACUGGGGUUUCAAGAACACAUUGGUUGAUAAUCUAAUUAACCCGUAUCUCUCAUAAAUGUUAGAUCGAUGAAUUUGCUUCUGUA